UACGUUCUGGUCCCCGAAGCUCCCAAGCUCUCCCGCAAGCCGGCUGCCGGCACCUGCGCAGCGGGCUUCUGGGCAGCGGGCGCCCGCUGCCAAGAUGCUGGGGUUGUUGGUGGCGUCUUUAGGCCUGGCGCUUGCCUUUUUUGCGCUGCUGGACGGCUGGUACCUGGUGCGCGUGCCGUGUGCGGUUCUGCGCGCACGCCUGCUGCAGCCGCGCGUCCGUGACUUGCUGGCCGAGCAACGGUACGCGGGCCGGGUGCUGCCUUCGGACCUGGACCUGCUGCUGCACAUGAACAACGCGCGCUACCUGCGCGAGGCCGAUGUAGCGCGCGCCGCACAUCUGACCCGCUGCGGUGUGCUAGGGGCGCUGCGCGACCUCAGCGCGCACACGGUGCUGGCCGCCUCGUGCGCGCGCUAUCGCCGCUCGCUGCGCUUGUUUGAGGCGUUCGAGGUGCGCACCCGCCUGCUAGGCUGGGAUGACCGCGCCUUCUACCUGGAGGCGCGCUUUGUCAGUCUUCGCGAUGGCUUCGUGUGCGCCUUGCUGCGUUUCCGGCAGCACGUGCUGGGCACCUCGCCGGAUCGCGUAGUACAGCACUUGUGCAAGCGCAGGGUGGAGCCCCCUGAGCUGCCAGAAGACUUGAAGCACUGGAUCGCCUACAAUGAGACCAGCAGCCAGCUGCUCCGGGCCGAGAGUGGGCUCAGUGACAAAAAGGACGAGUGACUGCCACCUCUGCACACCCUCCCUGCCCUGCCUGUCAGCCAGUCCCACAGAAUGGGCCACCUGGGAUGCACUCCUAGCCAGAGUGGCCUUGGACAAGCCUGGAUCCUUUAACCCGCUUGACAUUCCUCUGUGCUUGCCUCAUCUUGGGCAGCUGGCAGGGUGGACACUUGUCCUGGCCCAGCUCUGCCUCCUGGGUCCCUAUAGCAAGACUGUUGUAUUGUGCCCAGAUGCUCAGGAUUCUGAAGCAGAAGGACCAGCACAAAACCAGAAGUCAGGGAUGCUUGUGGCUAAGCAGGCCAAGAGGAGUCCUAGGUGUGGCCGGGGCCCUUAUGGCCUGGCUCUGGGGCCUGCAGCUUACUCAGGGACAUUGGGCCCUCUGGGGGGUCACCUUAUAGCAGGGAAGAUAGGCUAGGACCAGCCCAGGGAAGGGCAAGUGGAAGCUGGCCCUUGGCUAAGAUUCUGGUGAUGCCCACUAUUCUUGAUGUACCCUGUCUAGCCAGGUCACCAAGGCCAGGAGCCCUGGUGUAGGGGGGGUCCCAUGACCCUGCCUAGCCUCUGCCCUGUCAGCUCAGGGAGAGAACUGCUGCUUGAAGCUAGGAACUGCCUCCAUGCUACCUCUCUGGGAACCACACCUGGAGGCAGAGCCCAGAGUUUCAGAGAUGCUCAGACCCUCACCUGCACCGCUCUGGCCCCCAUGCUGCUCUGCUUGCCUUAGUGCUACCGAAGGGAAGGCUGCAGUCUGUUUUAUUUAAAGAAAGCACAAGAUUAAAAAGAGUUUUAAAGGCAUGUGUGCUGGGGAGGUUCUCAUUGCUGCAGCCUUGCCACCCCUGCACAGACCUACCCACUCCCUGGAUAAGUCUUCAGGAGGAACAUGAGUGUCAUAGGGUGCCCAGGCUUGUGGGCGCCUAUGAAUUUAGUGCUAAGCCUGAUGAGUCAUAGGAUUGAGGCCAAGAGUGAGCAGCUGGCUAGAGCCCCAGCUGGCCUUCCUACCUUGUCUACCCCGAGCCUAUGAAACUUGGAGCCCUAGUCUCAUGCACUUGGCCCAGUUUUUCUGUCCCCUUCCUAAGAGUCCCAGAAGGGCCCUAGGAAAUCAAGAAGAAAGUGGGGG